UCACCCACAUCUAUGGCAGGCAUCCUCAGUGGUUGUGAGGUAUGGAUAAACUAAGUAAGGAAAGGAAAGAAUAUAUAUCUGUGGAGAGUCCAGGGUGUGGCAAGAGUCCUUUGUCACUGGGAAGCCAGCAUUAAUGUUUCAGUUAAUCACCCUAAUUAGCAUUGGAAAGGUUUUGUCUCUUGCCUGGGGGCAUCCUUUGUUCAGUCAUUAGCUGUCCUCUGCCCUCAGAGUGUUGGUUCCCAUCUACUGUUUUGAUUUUAGAGUUUUUUUAAUACUAGUAGCCAGAAAUUCCGUGAUACUCAAUUGCAGGGACAUACAAUGCGAAGAUCCAGAUAUUCAGCUAAAAUCCGCGAUAUUCCCGCACCUUGUGUUUUUUUGGCUUUUGUAGCCGUUGCUUCCGAGUCCAGAUCAUAGGCAAUCCCUUGUAGUCGAGUCUGAUGGUCUUCCAAGGAUAGAGUCUUGGUGGAGGAUCUGUAAAUGACCAUGGAGGUCUAUUCUGGAUCCACAUGCUCUUUCUUCCACAGUGAGAACAUAUAUUUCCAGAUUGGGGUGACAACUAAUGUUUGAUUGAGGUGCCUUCUUCUUCUUGGCAGGUUUCUCUGUCUGUGCCUCUUCAAAAUCCACAACACUGUUGGCCACAGCUGAUCUCCAGUUAAAAACUCGAGGGCCAGGGUUUCUCAAUUUGCGGUGUGUAGUCCUCAUUUUUAAAGUUAGCUUUAAGCUCAUCUUUAAAUCUCUUUUACGGUCCACAGACAUUUCAUUUUCCAUUCUUUCUUUUUUUAAAAUUUUUAUUACAUGCCAACAAUUAACAAAAUUUUAGCGAUGCAUGUCUUAUUUCAAUAUACAUAAUACCAAAAGUAAGUAAUGCUUAAAUGACAUUUUAAACGAUCCUUUGGAAUCGUUUGUCUCAUCCCUCCAUCCUCGGGCUAUUGUGGCUUGUAUUGCGGCUGUCAUAUAUUUUAAAAUCUCAGUCCAAUUAUUGUUAUCUUCCCUUACCUUUAUUGUGAGGGACAUAAAUCUGGCUUUGUCCCAUAUUAAUUCUUUCCCUAUUAUUUCUUCCAUUUCUUUUCUUAUUUUGCUAUAAAAGAUUUGAAUUUUUCUACAGUCCCACCACAUGUGGGAGAAUGAACCUAUUCCCCCUCAUUUAUGCCAACAAUUCUUCGAGGUACUUCCCGUUAUAUGAGCCAAUUGUAGGGGGGUUCUACACCAUUUUGUGAUUAUUUUCCUUUGUGUUUCUUUGAUCCUUAUAUGAUUAAUUUUAUGAAUAUUAUUGAUCCAUGACCCAAUUAGUUUCUCAGUAAAGUUUUUUUCCUGUUUCCAGAUCUCUGUAAGCGUUUCUUUCGUAUUAUAAGUUAAGGUAAUUAGUACAUCAUACCAUAGCCCAGUCAUUCCUUUAUGUGUUUCUAAUUUCCUUCUAAUUAUUCUAUCCGGGGGGGUUUCACCUGCUUCUCUUCUUUUCAUGGCCUGGGCUUUACUGGACAUUUAGUUUUCCAUUCUUGAGCUGAGAGUAAAGCAACAGUGAUCUUUGGGCCUUCGGACAACAUGGCCUUUGGUCCAGCGAAGUGGAUGGCAGAGGAUCAUGGCUUCAAUGCUGGUGGUCCUUGCUUCUUCUGCCAGAACACUGACACUUGUCUAUUUGUCUUUUUCUCAAGAGACUUGCAGGAUUUUUCGGAGGCAACGCUGAUGGAAUCGGUCCAGAAGUCAAGAGUGACGUUUGUAGAGGUUCAUGUUUCGUAGACACACAACAGAGUUGGAAAGACAAUACGGAUGUCGGAAUGCCAAGAUGUGUUGUCUUUUGGCAUCGCUAUCUGUUUUUGUGGGAAAGUAUUGAACUGACUUGCUCCUGGCUCUUGUGGGAAGAAAGAAGCCUAGCUCUGUGAAGAGGUUAGAUGGAAAUAUUCAGGAGCAAAGGUCGACGCUCGGAAGGCUGAAAUCUAAAUAUACUUUAAUUGGAGUUCUGUGUGACUCUGCAUUGUGUGGUAGUUCAACAGGCAGGAGUUCGCUUUGCUUUAUUAGACCACAGCAGCCUCCCUCCAGCAACCACUGCAUAGAGAUGUCAGAACUUGCUGCAAGGGAAAGUAAGGCUGGCCUUGCCAAGGGUCUUCCUUUUAGUCUCCAGUUUAGGAUAUCUGGUCUCAGCUUUCAAGCUGGCUGAUAGGCAUGUCCGAUCGUUGAAAAAAAUGUUUCAAUUCUCGUUUCUAAAGUAGGGGGCACUGGCGCUUCGAUAUAGAAAGUAUUUCCGAUUUUUUCACCCAAACAUUUCGGAUAUUUCCGAAAAUUCGUAAUGAUUCUAAAUGUUUCUAAAAUGGUGGACGCGCAUGCGCAAUUGCCAAAAAAAAAAAAAAGGAACCCAAGGAGGGGGGGGGGACUUUUAAGGGCUCUCCCGCCCUCAUUUCUUGAGCUAUCCUCAUCAAAUUUGCAAUGCCCUUGCAAGUUGUGCAAAGAUACUUUGAAAACUAGAAAUUCCCUUGCUAUAUUUGUAAGCAAGAAGGACACUGGAAAUCAAUGGUGUCUCUGGCUAUGUAAUCCCACAAGCCUCAACCCAAUGCCUUCAAUUAGAAAUGGACCAAGCAAUGCCCUGGCAAGGAGUGCAAAGAUACUUUGAAAACUAGAAAUUCCCUUGCUUAGAGAAAGAACCAUGUUAGGCUGAGCUAAGCUCCCAUUCAAGGUAGGUUGCAGAAACAUUUUUUUAAAAAAAGUAUUUUUAAAAAAUAUGUUUAAAAUUUUGGGGGGGGGGAAUAACGAAACAUUAAGAAACAAUUAGAGAAUGGGUCAACUUGGUUGGUUCGAAUUACAUUGCUGGUUACGCUGUGAGACAAUGUCUCGGAAUGUGUAUCAAAAAGCGAGAACAAUCCGAAAUAAUUCCGAUAUAUGAUUUAAAACGAUUUUUUGGACAUGUCUACUGGCUGACCCUCCUUGGUUUCCAAAUCAGAUGGGGUCAGGUGCCUUAAAGUAUAACUUGCCCAGCACCUGGGAGUGGUUCUUUAGUGGCUUUCUUUAGGCUGUGGCAUAGGCUGGAGAGCAAGCCAGCUGCAACCAGCUGCAAUGAAUCACUCUGACCAGGAGGUAAUGAGUUCGAGGCCCACUCGGAGCCUAUGUUUGUCUUGUCUCUGUUCUAUGUUAAAAGGCAUCGAAUGUUUGCCUAUAUGUGUAAUGUGAUCCUCCCUGAGUCCCCUUCGGGGUGAGAAGGGCGGAAUAUAAAUGCUGUAAAUAAUAAUAAUAAUAAUAAUAAUAAUAAUAAUAAUAAUAAUAAUAAUGUCCGAAUUCUGCCUCAGAAUUGAGACUUUCCACUGACUUCGGGUCAGUGUGAACCAGCUGCAACAAUUUCCACUGCCAUCCAGUGUUUCUUGGGCUCCUGCAUGUGUACUGCCGGCAGGAGGGAUAAGAGUGGGGUUGGAAUGGAAUAAUUACAAUUUAAGAGUUUCCAAUGGACUCAUAACUGGGAUUCAAACUUCCUGGAAACAGUUCCCACGUUGGCCUCUAUUUUGGCACACCGAGUCAAUAACUGCGGAUCGAAAAUAGGACUUGGUUGCAAAGAAUGCACAGAAAGCCAACAGGCAAACUUUUCCUCUCAUGGCAAACCUAUCAUUGUGAUGUCAUUUGUUGAUUUGUUUCUGGUCCAGAGAGCUGUGGCGAGCGCCUUUCGAGAGGGAAGGAGAAACAAGAUACAGGAUUUCCUCUGAGUACAGUCAUUGCUCCCGUCUUCAAGCUCCUGAAAAAUCCGUCCAGUCAGUUUGAAAGCUCGGGUUCCCAGAAGAGCGGCGGAGGUGUCAGAGAAAAACCUUGUGAAGCAAAAUGGGCAACGCAGCCGAGCCCACAAGAGGGUCCCUUGGCUUUCCGGCAUUCUCAUUUCUAGAUGGGGUGGCUGUCGUCGUUUGAAAGAAUGGAAACUGUCGAGAGGACUCUUCUACUCAACUCCAGUUGCCUUUGGGGAUCUUACCAACUUGAUCAAGAUGGGAGACAACAAUUCUUUAGGAAAUUGUACCGACCCAUCCAUGGAUUUCCAGGCCACCUUGUACGCAGCCACAUACACCGUCAUCUUCAUUCCAGGCCUCCUGGGCAAUGGCAUCGCCCUCUGGGUUUUGUGCCGCUUCAUCAAUAAGAAGAAUAAAGCUGUCAUUUUCAUGAUGAACUUGGCCGCAGCAGACCUGGCCCACAUCAUCUCUUUGCCCUUACGGAUGUAUUACUACAUCAACCAUAGCUGGCCUUUUGGGGGUUUCCUGUGCCAGUUAUGCUUCUACUUGAAGUACCUUAACAUGUAUGCUAGCAUUUGCUUCCUCACCUGCAUCAGCAUCCAAAGGUAUCUCUUCCUGCGCCAUCCUUUCAAAGCCAAGGACUGGAAAUGCCGGUACGACGUAGCCAUAAGUGCGGCCAUCUGGAUCGUUGUGGGGGCCGCUUGCUUGCCUCUCCCAAUUUUGAGGAGUCCCAGCUUGACCAAUAGCACCAACACUUGUUUUGCCGAUCUUGGAGUGAGACAACUGAACAUGGGAACCUCCAUUGCGAUGGUGCUGGUGGCCGAACUCUCUGGGUUUCUGCUCCCCCUUGUGAUCAUCCUUUAUUGCACAUGGAAAAUGAGACAGUCCCUCCAGGAGUCCCACGCCCCUUUGCAGCACGCCAACGAGAAGCAGAAAGCUUGGCGCAUGAUCUUAGGAUGCGCAGCCGUCUUCUUCAUAUGCUUCACGCCUUACCAUGUGAACUUCCCUCUGUUUAUGAUGGUGAAGCAGGAGGCCAUCCGAGACUGCUCCGCACGCCGCAGGACUUUGUAUUUCCAUUCCAUUUCUCUCUGCCUUGCAAGCCUCAACUGCUGCCUGGAUCCAAUUAUCUACUAUUUCAUGACAUCGGAGUUUCAGGAAAAGUUGUUCCGGAACUGUCGUGCCAACAUCUGGAGCCGGCUCACCAAUCUCGACAGCAGCAGGUCCCCGGGCUCCUCGGGAGGGGAACAGGGUGAGCGGGCUAAGAGGAACAGAAGUGUGUUGAUGACAUAUUUGUGGACUCUUCGGCCACACAGGUCGGAACAGGAUGGCAUGGAGUCUCCCCUUUCUGAAUAACUAAGGGGCAGUUGACAGGCGUGUGUUCUUCACUUGAUUCCUGUCCUUUGUGCUUAAUGGGCUUCUGCUGAUUGUAUGGACUGUAUGUUAAAAAGUCCCGAGUCUUACUAGGAAAUGUGACAUUUCUAUGUGCUUUUGGCACGAUAUGCCGGUCCCUUCCUCUGUGGCUAAGAGAAUAUGAUCUUCCCAAGACCACACAGUGGGUUUCAAUAGCCCAAUAGGAUGCUAACCCUGGUCUCCAGAGUUAUAGUCCAAUGCUCAAACCACUACGCCAUACUGGAUUGCAGGGACCAUUUAGUAGCUGGGGAAACCAAGCUAGUUCAAAGGGCAUGUCAAACAGGGUCCAAUUCCAAGGCUCUCUGAACUGGUUUGAAGGGAAAGGUCUUUUCCAAAGAGUGGGAGGUAGACAUGACUUCCAACAGGUGAAUCUAGAGUUGCAGCUACACAGUAGAAUUAAUGCAAUUUGACACCAGGGUUCAUGUUGUGGUUAUCAUAUGAGUUGUAGAUUAGCACCUUUUGGCAGGGAAGGUUCAAGACGUUGUCGAGCUACAACUCUUACAGUUCCAUUGCAUUGAGCUGCGGCAAAGUAGUGUUAAAUUGCAUUAACUAUAGAAUGCAGAUGCACACUAGAUUUGCUACUGUUGAGUGCCUUAUUUCAUACUUAGGGCAACCCUAAGGUGAUGCUGUCAUUUAGUUUUCUGAGUUUGAUAAUAUGUGACUCACCCAGUCGGCACAGAAUUGGACCAUCAUUUCUAGAGUUGGAGCCCCCGGUGGCGCAGUGUGUUAAAGCUCUGAGCUGCUGAACUUGUAAACCGAAAGGUUGCAGGUUCAAAUCCGGGGAGCGGAGUGAGCGCCCGCUGUUAGCUCCAGCUUCUGCUAACCUAGCAGUUCGAAACCUAGCAGUACCUUCCUGCUCUGGCUGGAAGGUAACAGCACUCUAUGCUGUCAUGCCUAUGGCCACAUGACCUAGGAGGUGUCUAUGGACAAUGCUGGCUCUUCGGCUUAGAAAUGGAGAUAAGCACCAACCCCCAGAGUUGGACACGACUGGACUUGACAUCAGGGGAAACCUUUACCUUUACCUAGCUCAGGCCACAGGCACCUUCUUACCUCUCCUGCUAAAUAUCUGGCAAUCUCAGUCCCAUUCCCACAAAAGGAGAGGAAGAAAUGCCCAGGUAGCACGUAGCUACAGUUCUACAACAUAGAGAAGAGAGCUAAUGCCAUCCUUUCCAAUCUCCAUUGGGUAAAUAGUUGCUGAGAUGCCUAAAGCUGGCAGGAUAGGGAGUUGAGAUGUUGCACAUUGAAUGCCUCCUUCCACAAUAAAUAAAAUAGAACUUAUCAGAAUAAAUGUAUGCAUGUCAGCCUAUGAAUGACUUUAUAGCAAUUAUUAGGGCUAGAACUGCCGGUAGGAACCAAAAAAUGCAUGUGCUAUUGUCAAUUUGUUUUGGAGCAGCCCUGGGCAAUCUGUUGUCUCUACAUUCCACAGAAAACCCAACCAUGGUGGACAUGCAUUGACUUCCCUUCAACUCAAAGACCUAAUAGAAGCUUCCCAGGUAAGCUAGGACUUUGCCUGUGCAGCAAUAUUGAUGGUCUCCACAUCUGUAAUGACUUCUUCCAUUGGCAGCUGCCAUUUUCCUGCAUAACAUGCCAAAUUGAUAGAACUUUUGGACUGGAGAACGCCAGGAAAAAGAAAAGAAGACCUGCCAAAAAGUCAUCCUUAUGCGAAUCAACGGUGAGAAAUAGGAUAGCCAAAAAGGAGCAAUUUGUACUAUUUGUCGUUGUUUUGUUAUUUAUGAACUUGAUCCCUAUAUUCUUUUGGGAUUUGGAACAUUUAUGUUUUAUGUUACUUCCCUUUCAGAGGCUGUUACCAAGGCGUUCCAAAUAAAGCUGCCAAAAUCA